UUUAUUGCUCGUGUCAGCUCUUUGCCCUUGAUUCACGACAGUGUCACCACUCUGCACUCGAUGGCCAAGGAGAACAAGUACAGCCGUUAUGCUCUCGACACUGCUGGUUCUGCUGUCGGGACAGUCUCAAAGUACACUGAGGGCUAUCAAAAGACACUCCAGCCUCAUAUUACCAAGGUCGAUCAGAUUGCCUCUAAAUCGCUUGACCUUUUGGAGACUACCUUCCCCAUUGUCACCAAGCCUACAGCUGAGAUCGUGACCCAGGUCAAGAAGCCCUACACCCAGAUUCAGUCCACGAUUGAUGCUCAUGUUACUGCUCCCGCUGCUGAGAACAACGCGGCUUUGGUCAAGUCCAAGGAAUCGAUCCACGCUUUGAAUAUUCGUCUUAGCGCCCUGCUCGAAUCCCUGCGCAUCCAUGCCAAGGAGCUCCAGGAGAACGUCCAAAAGGUCCCCGGCGAGGCAUCACUACGUGUCCAGACCUUGAGCUCCAACCUUUUGUCGGAGAUCGAUUCAUUGUCGCUCUACUUGAAGGAGCACAGCCCCAAGCUGCCCGAGUAUGUUCAGGUUCGCCUGGAGCCUCUCGUUGGCUUUGUCAACGAGCGCUAUGAAACAGUGAAGGAGGAGAUUGCCAAGCCUGAUGUGUCUGCGAUGCAGAAGGCCCGUAACAUCUUGCACCUUACUACGGAGGAGACUUUGCCUAUUUUGCAGAGUGCUGCUCAGGACGUCAAG